AAGAGGGGCGCAGAGCAGAUGUGAGUAGCGAGUGGCAGUGAGUGUGUUGUAAACAAUCAUUUCUUUUGAAAUUCAUAAAUAAGCGAAAUUUUAUUGAUUUGUAUUGACAUCAGCAGGACGCACUGUAACAUUCCCGCUAAUCGGCUCUUUUAAUUUUAUGCUCUCUACACGUCUUUCACUGCCCUUUAAGUUGCCUCCGAAAUGACGACGAUGGUGGAACUCGAAAGUUGGCUCAUUUAUCAGUGCAUUGCGACAGAAUGCAGCAACUGCUUGUGAUUUUUUGAGUUGGCCCUAUUUUUAAACACUAGGUCUAAUGUUGGAAACACCAGUCAUGAGCGAGAGCGCAUUUAGGGCGCGUGACAUCGGCCUUCGAGCCCAGAAAAAGAUUUUGUCUCGCAUGGCCGGUAAAAACGUGGCUCGUGCAUUCAUCGACGACACCACUGCGUCCCUAUUGGAUAACUUAUACCGUCUUGCCAAGCAAUACUCCCAGAAUAAGAAGGAAGCGGAAAAGCUGAUAAAGAACAUCAUCAAAGUGGUGAUUAAACUUGGGGUUUUGCACCGGAACGGCCAGUUUUCAAGCGAGGAAUUGAAACAAGCGGAGCGCUUCAAAGCAAAGUUUCGCAUGGCUGGAAUGGCGAUCAUAUCAUUCUACGAAGUGGACUUCAGCUAUGAUAGGAAUUAUCUGACUGCGGCUCUUGCAGAGUCACACAAGUGCCUCCAGUUUAUCGUGUCCAAGCAUCUUACCGAAAAAUCCUUAUCGCGCAUCGACAGCGUCUUCAGUUUCUUCUCAAAUGAACAGUUCUUAGAUGAUAUUUUUCAAGUGAAUUCGGAGUACAGAGAAACGUUGGGGAGAAUUGUCGCAGACCUCAAUAAAGCCAUCGAAAAUGGCGAUCUUUAGUGAAGCUUCAGCGACGGUUUUUGUGAUUUUGUUGUGAUUUUAAUUUAGUUGUUUUGUGUAUUAUUGGACGUCGUAGUUGUUGCAUGGGACUAGGUUUGUGUUAUAUUGUACCUAAGAAUCUAUUUUUAUCGUUGCCUUCUUUACAAGUUUCGUUCGACGUUCAGUGUGUUGAUAAAUGUUACCCUUUCAGAGAGUUUUUCGGGAGCGUUAGGAGUGGUCCAAUCAAUCUUAUUUAACGUAAUUAAGCAACAGAAUUUUGAAUCGAACAUCAUAUCUAUACUAAAAGUAACCAAACAUUUUUACCAAAAUCUAUUUUUAUAUGACCAAAAUUCUGUUGCUCUCUGUUUUGUCUUCUCUAAAGAAACGCUUAAAAAGACACAUGCUUAACCACACUAUGUAGAUCGUAGUUUCUGGUCCACGUUUCAUGAUUUUUGUAAAGACAUAAGGCACGUGUACAUAUUAAUUGACAUAUCUUUUAUUUACACGAUUUAACGAUAUUGUAGACUAAGAUAUUUUUGCACCAAGAAAUUUAAAAGGCCGGUCAAAUCACUAUUCACGAGCCUAAAACUGUUGUGCAUUUCUAAUAAAAGUAAAAACAGUAAAGACAAUAAGUCAGUCAUCUUCUAUUCAUUUUCUACUAGUCAUAAGUCGUUUAUUUCCUAUUUAUUGAGUUAAGCCAAAUAUUGAAUUAAGUUUUAUUGUUUUUAUGACAGGGCGAUUUUUGUGACCGAGUUGUUCUUGCCUGGUUUUUCAAACUUGAAUGAAUAUCAGUGAUGAAACUCAUGUUUGCAUGAAAAUAUAAUUCCAAUUAUUGUUACACUAUAAGGAAUAGUAGAUCUCAGAUAUUCGGCAAUGUAUGAUGUUUUCAAUGUUUUUCUGUAUUUAGUUGUUCGUUAUCAAAAUAAUAAACAACAUCUAAUACGA